CUACCUAGUAUUGUAUUGGGAUUGCUAUCCUCACCCACCUAUAUAUAUAUACUCCUGUUAUUGAAAGGAAAAACGAAACACGUGGCAUAAUAUUAUUAUAUCAUUGGCUGCCACAAUAUUACGCUACUAGAGCUGGAUUAACAAAAAACAAAUCUCGUCCAAAAUAUAUAAUUAACUACUAGUGUUGGUAGAACUUUAUAUAGGACUUGCAUCUAUAUACACACACACGCACUUACAACCUCAACAAAAGAUCCUUCUAACUUCCCCCAUUUAAAUCCUACAUUUUGAUCUUAAUUCCUUUCAUUAUCCAUAAAAUUUAUGUUUUUAUGUAGUAGUCGUGUGUAUACAUAAUGAUGAUUAUUACGGCAGCUUUUUAAAUAAUAUGUGAUCCAACAUAUGCUUUUGUCGUGUUGUUAUGGGGUUCUUCGAUUCUUUGUUUGGGAGAGCUGCCAGCAAGUUCAUCAAACGGAAAGACAGCGAUGCAGGCGAAGCAGGUCGAGCAAUGGAAGAUCUCAGAAGUUCUCUCUACAAUGAGCUACGAACCUCCGAAGGUGCGAAGCGCCAACAGCAGCGGUUUUGUGGGCCAGUGGUGGCAUUGACCUUUAAUUUUAUGGUUGCUGUAGGCAUCAUUCUGGCAAACAAAUUAGUGAUGGGGAGAGUAGGAUUUAACUUCCCAAUUUUUCUUACAUUAAUCCAUUACGCUACAGCAUGGCUUCUUCUUGCCAUUUUUAAGGCAUUCUCACUGCUUCCAGUCUCCCCACCAUCUAAAACUACUCCCUUUUCUUCUCUCUUCUCGUUGGGUGCUGUCAUGGCUUUUGCCUCUGGCCUUGCCAAUACCAGCCUAAAACAUAACAGUGUCGGUUUCUACCAAAUGGCUAAAAUUGCUGUUACUCCUACCAUUGUUCUUGCAGAAUUCAUUCUUUUCAGGAAAACCAUCUCUUUCAAUAAGGUUUUGGCCCUGGCUGUUGUCUCUGCAGGUGUGGCAGUAGCAACUGUGACGGAUUUGGAGUUCAACUUAUUUGGUUCUUUAAUUGCAAUUGCAUGGAUUAUCCCAAGCGGCAUAAACAAAAUCCUGUGGUCUAAUUUACAGCAGCAAGGCAAUUGGACUGCUCUUGCGUUGAUGUGGAAGACUACCCCGAUUACAGUUUUCUUCUUACUAGCUCUGAUGCCGUGGCUGGAUCCACCAGGUGUACUAUCAUUCAAGUGGGAUCCAAGCAGCACUGCCACCAUUCUUAUAUCUGCUGCCCUUGGUUUUCUCCUACAAUGGUCUGGAGCUUUAGCACUUGGCGCAACAUCAGCUACUUCUCAUGUCAUUCUAGGCCAAUUUAAGACUUGCGUGAUACUACUUGGAGGGUAUCUUAUUUUUGAUUCAGAUCCAGGGUUUGUAAGCAUAUGUGGAGCUUUUGCGGCUCUAUGUGGAAUGUCAGUUUAUACAUCAUACAACUUGCAAGAAUCUCGUGAAAGUUUGACCAAGCAGCUUCCAAAGCACAACUUACCACCUCCUUCAAGACCAAAUCCAAACACUGAGGAGACCUCAGAGUUGGAUGAAAAAGAUACCCCAAAUGUGGUCUGAGAUGUGAACUACGCAAAGCUUUCUUUGAAAGGGAUGUCAAAGUUCUGAACA